ACUUGUAUCAUAUUCACUAUGGCUGACAUUCAAGAGGUUUUCCAGCCAUAUGAUCAAUUUAUCCUGUUUGGGGACUCCAUCACACAAAUGGGCAGCAACCAGGAGCUAGGAUUUGCCUUUCUUGCUGCACUCCAAGAAUCCUACAGCCGGAGACUGGAUGUGAUCAAUCGCGGCCUAGCCGGAUAUUCAACCGCCCACGCCAUCAAAGUCUUUGACAAGGUCUUCCCACCUCCACAAAUUGCCAAUGUGCGGUUGAUGACCAUCUUCUUCGGUGCCAACGAUGCAUGCGUCCCAGGCCACGACCAGCAUGUGCCCGUAGAGAAAUACAAGGAAAACCUGAAAACAAUCAUCCAGCACCCAGCAACAGUCGCACAGAACCCGCACAUCAUUAUUAUCACUCCCCCUCCCGUCAAUGAGUAUCAAUUGGAGGGCUUCGAUGCUUCAAAGGGCAGCGCUCACCCCAGCCGAACAGCCAUCCUGGCCAAGCAGUAUGCAGCUGCUGCAAAGGAAGUCGGCGCGGCUCUCAAUGUUCCAGUAGCGGAUUUGUGGUCGGCUUUUACGAAAUCCGCUGGUUGGCAAGCGGGACAACCGUUGAUUGGGUCUCGCGAUGCUCCGAAUAAUGAGACAUUUGCUGGUCUUUUCACUGAUGGUUUACAUCUGUCGCCCGCUGGUAAUCGCAUUGUCUACGAUGAGAUUAUGAAGGUCAUUGAAACCAAUUGGCGGGAUCAAACUCCGGAUUUCCUUCCGAUGGUGUUCCCUUCGUGGACUGAGGCACCGAAAUGA